AUGAAGGUACCAUCUCUUCCUGAGGAUGCUCUUGAAUCUCUAUACACUAAAGCCUCACAUGAGAUUAUAGCUGUACAUUUUAGAGAUCAAGUAGAAAGGUUUCUUGCUUUCUAUUUUAGAAUAAGGAAGAAACUGGAAGUUACCUCUGAUAAGAAUGAUCCUGCUGUUGAACAACUUUCUAAUACUCAUUCAGAGUGGACUUAUCCUACACAUAUUCAUAGAGCUCAUAGUCCCAUGGAAGCAUUAAAUACUUCUACUCUGGACUCUGAGAACAAUGAUGUGGAAGAAGAGGAAACUGUAGAAGAGAUUGUUCAAUUAAGCCAAUACACUCCUAAGAAAGGAGAUAGAACCUUCAUUCCUGCCUAUACACCUAUGCAAGGUCCAGAUGUGACUACUUCUUUAUUUACACCUGGAUCUCAAGCUCAGAGGGACUUAGAGGAUUUCACUAACCCCUCUGCUGCAAGCACAAGUAAAACUAUUGUGGCUAGAAAUACUUUACCAGUGUUACCUACUGUACCAGAGGAACCAUCUAGGAUCUUUAUAGAAGAUCCUCCCAAACCAAUUGGCCCAAACACCACUGGAAUGGGGAGGAAAUACAAUGAUCUCUUUGGAUCCACUACUAAGAUCUCUAAUACAGGUUGGGGUCAAACUCAAUUAACUCAGCCUAUAGCCCUUAGAGCUGAUAUGGAUGCAGAUAAUAACCUAAUAUCUGUUAUUCCAGCAUCAUCUUCUGAAGAUUCUCUAGACUCUCCAUUAAGGAAUAGAUCUAGACACAAAUCCUCAUUAUCAGCUUUACCAAGGCAAAGGAGUAGAUAUGCUCAAUAUGAGUCCCUUACUCCUUGGAAUUUUUCCACCAAUGUUGGGGGAUCUUCCAACACUCUGGUUAUGAAUCCUAAUCCAACAGGAAUUGAGUUAUUGACUACACAUAAACCUAUUUCAGUACCUCUAACAGGAGGAACAAAUCUUAACCCACCUCCAUUUAUUAAUCAGCCUUCCAUGGUUCCAGUCCUUUCAGGUUCUGGGAACCCUCCACCUAAUCCUCCCAAUAGAGGAAAUGGAGGAAAUGGAGGAAAUGGAGGAAAUGGAGGAGGAUUACCUUUCAAUAUUCCUAAUAGCUCACCUCACCAGCCUAUGCCUAAUAGGUCUUCACCUACAGGUCCACCACCUCCAGGAGAACCAGGAGGAUCUGGAGGACCAGGAAGGCCAGGAGGCCCAGGAGGUCCAGGAGGUCCAGGAGGUCCAGGAGGUCCAGGGGAAACUUUCCUCAAGCACCUCAGGCACCUCAAGGGAAUAAUAGAAUCACUGAUGUCCAUUUUGACUAUAGGAUCAAAUUAA